AUGGCGACGAGCCCGCUGCCCGCCCCCACGGACAUCCUGCUGCCGUCGCCGUCCAGCACGUACCCGCCGGAGCCCAUGAGCCAGCCGCGGGCCGGCCACGCCGCCAUGAAGCCCAACCAGGUGGGGCAGGUGAUCCUCUACGGCAUCCCCAUCGUCUCCCUGGUCAUCGACGGGCAGGAGCGGCUGUGCCUGGCGCAGAUCUCCAACACGCUGCUGAAAAACUUCAGCUACAACGAGAUCCACAACCGGCGGGUGGCCCUGGGCAUCACCUGCGUGCAGUGCACGCCGGUGCAGCUGGAGAUCCUGCGGCGGGCCGGGGCCAUGCCCAUCUCCUCCCGCCGCUGCGGCAUGAUCACCAAGCGGGAGGCCGAGCGGCUCUGCAAGUCCUUCCUGGGCGAGAACCGGCCGCCCAAGCUGCCGGAUAACUUCGCCUUCGACGUGUCGCACGAGUGCGCCUGGGGCUGCCGCGGCAGCUUCAUCCCGGCGCGCUACAACAGCUCCCGCGCCAAGUGCAUCAAGUGCAGCUACUGCAGCAUGUACUUCUCGCCCAACAAGUUCAUCUUCCACUCGCACCGCACCCCCGACGCCAAGUACACGCAGCCCGACGCCGCCAACUUCAACUCGUGGCGCCGCCACCUCAAGCUCACCGACAAGAGCCCCCAGGACGAGCUGGUCUUCGCCUGGGAGGACGUGAAGGCCAUGUUCAACGGCGGCAGCCGCAAGCGGGCCCUGCCGCCGCCGCCCGCCGCCGCCGCCGCCGCCGCCCCGUCCUGCCACCCGCUGGGCGCCGUGAAGGCGGCGGCGGCCGUGGUGGGCGGCGGGCUGCUGAGCCCGCACCUGCUGGCGGCGCCGCCGGAGCUGCACCACAAGCGGCCGCGCUUCGAGGAGGACGAGGAGCUGCAGGAGGCCGUGGCGGCGGCGGCGGCGGCGGCGGGGCACGGCGGCAAGAGCCCGCGGAGCUACCCGGUGAUCCCGGUGCCCAGCAAGGGCUCCUUCGGCGGCGUGCUGCAGAAGUUCCCGGCCUGCGGCGGGCUCUUCCCGCACCCCUACGGCUUCCCCGCCGCCGCCUUCGGCCUCUGCCACAAGAAGGAGGAGGGCGGCGAGGGGCUGGGCGCGGCGCACAAGGGCGGCGGCGCGGGCGGCGGCGGCGGCGGCGGGGGGCUGUCGGGGCUCUUCUGGCCCGGCAGGAAAGACGCCGCUUUCUACCCGCCCUUCUGCAUGUUCUGGCCGCCGCGCACGCCGGGCGGGCUGCCGGUGCCCACCUACCUGCAGCCGCCGCCGCCGCCGCAGCCGCCGCCGCCGCCGGGCGCGCUGGGCUGCGCGCUGGGCGAGGGCGCCGGGCUGCUGCGCCAGGCCUUCCUGGAGCUGCCGGAGCCCGGCGGCGAGGCGGCGACGGCCGCGGGGCUGGGCACGCCGCCCGCCGCCCCGCCGCCCCCCGCCGCCGCCGCCGCCGCCGCCGCCGCGCGGGACCCGCUCUUCGAGGCGCCCCCUGGCGGCGGCGGCGGCGGCGCGGGGGAUCCCGCCUCGCCCCCCGCCUCGGACGGCGGCGGCGGCCGCGUCCCCGCGCACCACCCGCACCUGCUGGAGGCGGCGGCGGCGGGGCGCAAGGGCGGCGGCGGCGGCGGGUACCACCACUCCAGCGCCUUCCGGCCCGUGGGCGGCAAGGAGGACUCGGAGAGCCUGGCCAAGCUGCACGGCCCGCCGCGCCCGGCCUCGCCGCUGCUCCUGCUGCCGCCGCCGCCGCCGGCCCGCGCCGCCGCCGCCGAGGAGGAGGACGAGGAGGAGGAGGAGGCGGCGGCGGGCUGCCCGCGCCACCCGCUGCCCCCGCACCGCCUCCUCUCGCCCACCGGCAGCUUCGCCAGCGAGGACAGCAGCGAGGAGGAGGAGGAGGAGGACGACGACGAGGCGGAGGUGGACGUCGAGGGGCACAAGCCCCCCGAGGAGGAGGACGAGGAGGAGGACGAGGAGGAGGAGGAGGAAGAUGGCGAGCGGCAGCCCCGCGCCGCCGACCCCCUCGCUGCCGGCGGCCGCUUCCCACCGGGCCGCGGCGCGGCGGACAAGGGCGGCCGGGAGCGCCCCGCCGGCGGCCCCUUCCCCGCCGCCCGGCCGCCGCCCGAGGAGAGGCCGGGGGAGAGCCAGGCCCCGCCGGCGCGCAGCAGCCCGGCGCACCAUCCCGCGCCGGAGGAGCAGCCCCCCUACAAGGAUAAUCAGAAGAGCAAGGAGAGUAAUCAAGUCAUCUUGCCUACGAAAGAGGAUAACUUCUCAGAUAAGAACAAGGAGCAUAAUUUUUUCAUCACAGAUUCAGAGCCUUCAGGAGGAGACUUCUGGAGAGACAUAGCAGGCGAACACACGCAAGAAACCAAUUCACCUCAUUCACUGAAGAAGGAUGUAGAAAAUAUGGGAAAAGAGGAACUCCAGAAGGUUUUGUUUGAACAAAUCGACUUGCGAAGGAGACUAGAACAGGAAUUCCAGGUGUUGAAAGGAAACGCGUCUUUCCCAGUGUUCAAUAAUUUUCAAGAUCAGAUGAAACGGGAGCUAGCAUACAGAGAAGAAAUGGUACAGCAGCUACAAAUUAUUCCCUAUGCAGCAAGCUUGAUCAGGAAAGAAAAGCUCGGUGCACACCUCAGCAAAAGCUAAAGAAGCACAGAAUCUUUUGCAGCUGUUACCUUGUAAGUUAUAACCCACCACUCAGCAAUCUGACUUGUAAAAAGACUGAGAAAAUGG